GAUGAUGAUGAUGAUGGUGAUAGUGAUGAUGAUGGUGAUGAUGAUGGUGAUGAUGAUGGUGGUGAUGAUGAUGACAUGAUGAUGAUGAUGGUGAUGAUGAUGGUGAUGAUGAUGGUGGUGAUGAUGAUGAUGGUGAUGAUGAUGGUGGUGAUGGUGAUGAUGAUGAUGAUGGUGAUGAUGAUGGUGAUGAUGGUGGUGGUGAUGAUGAUGAUGGUGAUGAUGAUGUGUACGAAUAGUUUAUUAAAACUCUCUUGAAGUAAAAAGAACUGAAUUAUCGAGUACAUUUUACAAUCUUAAGGCAACUAUUACCUAGAGUAUAGUAAUUUACAGUUAUAACAAUGAUAUAACAAUUGAAUCACUUAAAAUAUUUAAAGUAAAGAAGUCCUCCACUCCCUUUGUUCUACAGACCUGUAUGUUCCGGAAAAGAUAAUACUUUUGUGUUUUCUGCCUUAAGGUGUAGUUAGGCGCGUCCAGAAGUGGGCUGGGAAGUAGGUGGUGCAGAGGGUGGCUGGGGGACUUCAUUUUCGCCAUUUAUUUGUAGCACAAGUGUACUCUUCUAUCAUCUAACCUAUCUAGUUUACCUAACUGUAAGGCAUGAGCAUAUGACUCUGCCUCGGGGUAGAUUAUGUUAAGCGCCCUUUUUUGCACUCGCUCUAUGGCUUCGGACAGGUAAGCAGGGAUAUCCUGCCAGACUGGUACAGCAUACUCUAAAACUGGCCGGACUGUACUAAGGUAUGUCCUCAAGAUGUUGGGUUGGCUCACCCUGGCUCUGCGGAGAACUCUAAGAGAGUAUAACUUCUUUCAAGCUUUCUUAAUAAUGUAAUCAACAUGAGAGUUCCACUUCAGGUCAUUGGCCAUAAUAACUCCUAAGAUCUUAUUGGUAUUGACACGAUUGAUGACAUUGCCGCCAAUUAUUAGUAUAGGUAAUAGCAUGAUUUGUCGUGAUAUUUCAAAAUUGUUAUACGUAAUUUCACGAGCCAUUAGGCGAGUGAAAUUUGAGACAAUUUUGAAAUAUCACGGGUGGUAUUUAUGGUAAAUAUCACGUUCAAAUCAUGCUAUUAUUUGUUUAUACUACUACCCGAAAAAGGUUUGUAAUUUUCACAUGUAGGUAUUUCAAAUUAAGCUGAAAUACUACUGCUCUAAGCCAAUCAGAUUGCAGAAAUUUCUCAUGUAGUAGUAUAAUUGGGUUAAUGAGGCAAUUGGAGUUGCGUAGGAAAUUAAUAUACAUUUCUUUACACUUGGUUGGGUUGAGUCUCAUAUUAUGAGCAAUGGCGAAAUUGUGAAUGUCUGAGGCUACUAGCUUAAGUAAGCUAGGGGAGUUCCUUGGAAUUAUUUCGAGAGCACUGGUAUCAUCCACGUAUUUGAUGCGCAGCCGCCAGUCAGACAGUUUGUUCGUCAUUACCGUAAAAAGGAUCACACCCAGUUUACUUCCUUGGGGCACUCCUCCUUUUAGUGUUAACCAAUCUGACAGAGUUCUUCCGAUUCUAACUGCUUGCUUCCGGCAUGUCAAGAAUGCCGCAAUCCAAGAUAAAAGGACAAGAUGAACUUCAAGAUCUGCAAGUUCUUGCAUCAAUAUUGAAUGAUCAAUUAAAUCAAACCCCUUAGAAAAAUCUGCGAAGAAAAUCCGAGUCGACGCGUCACCACUAUCAACUGCCUCGUGGAUGGCUUGAAGCAUAUAAUGGUGAUGAUGAUUAUGGUGAUGAUGAUGAUGAUGGUGAUGAUGAUGAUGAUGAUGGUGAUGAUGAUGAUGAUGAUGAUGAUGAUGAUGAUGAUGAUGAUGAUGAUGAUGAUGAUGAUGGUGAUGAUGAUGGUGAUGGUGAUGGUGAUGGUG